AUGUCAGAUUCAACCAACCCAAGACCUACAGAAUCUAAAAGGAAAAAGACUCUCAAACGCACUUUGGCGAGCUGCGUGGGAUGUCGGCGCCGAAGGACUAGAUGUGAUCGAGUCGAUCCUUGCUCAGAAUGCUAUCGUCGUGAUUUGCCUUGUUCUUACGAAGGCGCGAGUGCACCCUCAAUUGUAGCUAGACGUCAUCUCAAUCAAUUAGAUGAACGUGAGCAAUACAUCCAACAACUCGAGGCUAGGCUUGAAGCACUUGAAAAGUCUAGCUCGUCCCCCUGUCGUGCAUCUAAACAACCUAAACCGACACCUCCUCUGGAAGUGGAACAGACUUCAACAGAGACCAAAAUUGAUUUCUCAAGUGAUGACCUUGCCUAUCAUCUCAGCCAAAUCACACUUGGUCCUCGAGUUCAAUCCACAAAAAAUGAUCACCCCUUGAGAACUGAACUUGAAGCCUUACUUCAUUCAUCACCUCCUCGACCAACCCAUUCUAUCUUUCUCCACCAGCAAGCUUUCAAGAUGAGCCUCAUUCCUAAUGGUCCACCGAUUUCACUCGAAAGGUUUCAAGCUACUCUACCGCCAAGCUCAGAAUUAGCCGAAUUAGCCAAUCAAUACUUUCAAACCUUCAAUUUUUGGGUACCUUGCAUUGAACCAACUAAUUGGCCAGAAGUAGUUUUUAAUUGCUAUCAGCCACUCCCAUCGAAUCCUCAACCUGAACUUAUUCAUCAACUAGUAUCUGUUCUCACUGUAGCUGCUCAUGGUUUACUUCGUCGAGUUGACGUUCAUAAGCUCAAACCGAGUCAUUCUGAUACAAACCUUCAACACCAGCAAAUCGCAUUGGCUCAUCAUUGGUUUCAUCUCGCACUUAAUGCACUUAUUCAACCCGAUCAAGGUUCAGUCUUGACUCGUCCGACAAUUUGGGGCAUCCGUGCUAUGACUCUAUUAAGUAAUGUUGAGAUUGCACCUGAUGAUUUUGAUCAUGGAAUCUUCUUUUGGGGUCUUACUAGUAAUUUAGCCAGUAUGGUUGGCUUGUUUCAAGAACCUCCAGGUUUUGAUCAACCUCAGAGUAUGGUCGAAUUGGAGUCAAGGAGACAAUUGGCUUCCGCUAUCUUAGAAUUAGACGGGCAAGGCCGGGGGAGCAAUGUCAGGUGGAAUGCGGCCGCCAAUAAAUGGUGA